AUCGACAACGACACCGCCUACCCGCUCGUGGAGGGUGUCACUGAAGGCUACAACGGCACCAUAUUUGCCUACGGCCAGACUGGCAGUGGGAAGUCGUUCACCAUGCAGGGAAUCGUGGAUUCUUCUACACAGAAAGGCAUAAUACCCAGGGCAUUUGAACACAUUUUUGAGAGCAUACAGUGUGCUGAAAAUGCCAAGUUCUUGGUGAGAGCUUCCUACCUGGAGAUUUACAAUGAAGACAUACACGACCUUCUAGGAGCUGAUACCAAGCAGAAGUUGGAGCUGAAGGAGCACCCGGAGAGAGGGGUGUACGUGAAGGGGCUCUCUCUGCACACAGUGCACAGCGUGGUCCAGUGCGAGCGGAUCAUGGAGACGGGCUGGAGGAACCGAGCGGUGGGUUCCACCCUCAUGAAUAAGGACUCUUCCCGCUCCCACUCCAUCUUUACUGUUAAUAUGGAAAUCUACACCGUAGAUGAACGAGGGCAGGACCACCUUAGGGCCGCAAAACUCAAUUUAGUGGAUCUGGCAGGAAGCGAGAGACAGUCAAAAACUGGAGCCACGGGGGAGCGGCUCAGAGAGGCCACCAAAAUCAACCUCUCCCUCUCAGCUCUGGGCAACGUCAUCUCAGCCCUGGUCGACGGCAGGUGUAAGCACAUCCCCUACCGAGACUCAAAGCUGACCAGGCUGCUGCAAGACUCCCUCGGAGGGAAUACCAAGACGCUGAUGGUAGCGUGCUUAUCUCCGGCUGAUAACAACUAUGACGAAAGCCUCAGUACUUUGCGCUACGCUAAUCGAGCGAAAAACAUCAGGAACAGGCCCUGUAUCAACGAGGACCCCAAGGAUGCUCUGCUGAGGGAGUAUCAGGAGGAGAUUAAGAAGCUGAAGGCCAUUCUAGCUGAACAGAUGAGCGCCAAUAACUUGUCAGCCCUGGAAACAAGGCUUCUACCUGCUGAGACUGCUUACCUGGCAGCGAAGCCAGCUCCCCUCCUCAAAUCUCAGUUAGAUCUUGAAGCAGAGAAGCAGCUGAUCAGAGAAGAGUACGAAGAGAGGCUGGCCCAGCUAAAGGCCAGCUACGAAGCGGAGCAGGCGUCCCGUGCCCGCCUCGAAGAGGACAUCAGCAGCCUGAGGAAUCGCUACGAUCUCAAGCUGUCUGCUCUCGAGGAGAACCUCAGGAAGGAAGCAGCUGCUGUGAGGACCGAAACAACUCCUGAAGAGACACCUCUGCGUAAAGACUCUGUUGCUGCAGCGGAUGAAGAACCAACAUCAGCCCAGGACCCAGCAGCACCUCGGACUGUCCCAGACGCAGGCGGUGUGAGCGGGGGCCGUGCUGGAGCAGAGCUGUCUGUCGCUGCUGAGGGGAUUUCACUGCCUGCAGACCAGCAGCAGGUGCUCGCCAGACUGCAGAUGCUGGAGCGCCAGGUGGUAGGGGGGGAACAGGCUGAAAACAAGGACCUCAAGGAAAAGCACAAACGCCGGAAAAAAUAUGCGGACGAGCGGCGGGCGCAGCUGGCGGCCGCGCUGCAGCAAGCUGACGACGACAGCAGCGACUGGGUUCUGCUGAACGUCUACGACUCCAUCCAGGAGGAGGUUCGAGACAAAAGCAAGCUUCUGGAGAAGAUGCAGAAGAAGCUGCGGGCUGCCGAGACCGAGAUCAAAGACCUGCAGUCGGAGUUUGAGCUGGAAAAGAUCGACUACCUCGGCACCAUCCGCCGCCUGGAGCGAGACCUGCUGCUCACCCAGCAGCUCCGGGCGCAGUCCCUCGUCCGCCGCGACUGCAACUACAGCAACCUGGAGAAGGUCAAGCGCGAAUCCGUCUGGGAUGAGGAAAACGGUUGCUGGAAAAUUCCGGAGCCCGUCAUUCAAAAAACCCGCCUGCCCGCAGUUCCAGCCCUGCCACAGCCCAAACCCGCCCGCAAGAGCCCCUCGGCUGAGAGCGCAGAGCUGACGCCCGCGGACGGCAGCGCCAGUGUCGCCAACAGGGGCUUCGAUCUCACGUUCCGGACAGCAGAUGAUGCCGGCCUCUCCCUGAUAAAAUACGGAGAAUUCCUGUAUGACAACUUGAUCAUCUUCUCGCCGUCGAUAGAAGAUUUUGGUGGAAACAUCAACGUGGAGACCAUCACGGCCUUCAUCGACGGCGGCGGCAGCGUCCUCGUUGCCGCCAGCUCAGACAUUGGCGACCCGCUGCGAGAGCUGGGCAGCGAGUGUGGCAUUGAGUUUGACGAGGAGAAGACGGCUGUCAUCGACCACCACAACUACGACACAUCCGACCCCGGCCAGCACACGCUCAUAGUCGCGGAUGCUGAGAACCUCCUGAAGGCCCCCACCAUCGUGGGGAGGGCGGCGCUGAACCCCAUCCUUUUCCGAGGAGUCGGGAUGGUGGCUGACCCCGACAACCCGCUGGUGCUGGACAUCCUGACCGGCUCCUCGACCUCUUACUCCUUCUUCCCUGAUAAGCCAAUUACUCAGUACCCCCACGCGGUCGGGAAGAACACCCUUCUGAUCGCGGGGCUGCAAGCCCGGAACAACGCCCGUGUGGUUUUCAGCGGCUCCUUGGACUUCUUUAGCGACGCGUUCUUCAAUUCUGCCGUGCAGAAAGCCACCCCUGGCUCCAAGAGGUACUCGCAGACGGGUAACUACGAGCUGGCUGUCGCCUUGUCCCGCUGGGUGUUCAAGGAGGAGGGCGUGCUGCGCGUCGGAGCCGUGUCCCACCACCGCGUCGGGGAACUCGCGCCUCCCAACGCCUACACUGUCACCGAUCUCGUGGAGUACAGCAUCGUAAUCGAGAAGCUUUCUGACGGCAAGUGGGUCCCCUUCGACGGAGACGACAUUCAGCUGGAGUUUGUCCGCAUCGACCCCUUCGUGCGGACCUUCCUGAAGAGGAACGCCCGUGAGGUGGACGCGUUCCCUCGCCGCGCCGAUUCGUGA